GGUAAAUCAGGAUAAAUUUUAUGUCUUGAUUUCUCUCUUGCAUAUACUCUCUAUUUCAUUGCGCUUAAUCCUAACACAUGAAAAUGAAAGUUUUCCGGACUUGGUACCGUUCAUGCUGCAGUUACUUAUCCUAAGAAUUGAUGUUCAUCAAAAUUGAUUCUCCUCCUUCCUACGAUCUUCUGCCCGUUCUCCUGCCGCAAGCCCAAUCAAUUCACCAACUCUAGCAAAUCAUGAAUUCUUGCUACAUCAUCUCCCUCUCCCUCUCUUCCUCCUUCUUCUUCCUCGUCUUCGUCCAGAAUUUCGGUACUGCAGCUGCCGUCACUUAUCUCAAUCUUUCUUGCCCACACAGUAGUCUCUUCACUCCCAACUCCACCUACGAUUCCAACCUCAACACCCUCCUCUCUACCCUCUCCUCUGCCGCCACCAACAGCACCAACGGCUUUGCCAACGCCACCACCGGCCAGAACCCUCCCGACCGAGCCUAUGGGCUCUUUCUCUGCCGCGGCGACGUCAGCACCUCCACGUGCAACGACUGCGUGGCCACUGCAAAACGUGGUAUCCGCCGAAGAUGCCCGAACCAGCGAUUCGCCGUGAUCUGGUAUGACGAGUGCAUGUUGCGGUACGACAACAGGUCCAUCUUCUCGGCCAUGGAUCUGAGGCCUACUCUCAUGAUGCAAAACGUUGCGAACAUCACCGAUCCGACCGGGUUCGCGCAAGUCCUGGCAAAGACCGUGGAUAAAAUCGCCACAAGGGCUUCCAACGGCGGGUCGGGUAAGAAAUUCGCAGUCGAGGAGGUGAAUUUGACGAACUUGCGGAAGCUGUUCACCCUCGCGCAGUGCACGCCGGACUUGACGGCGUUGGACUGCAACAGGUGCCUUCGGGCGAUGAUCUCGAACCUCCCCAAGGGGAGGCAAGGUGGGAGGAGCUACACUUUGAGCUGCAACGUCAGGUUCGAGGUGUACCCAUUUUAUGACGUGGCGGCCCCGGCGCCAUCCCCGUCCCAUCUUCCGCCUUCUCCCGCUGCCGCUCCCGAUCCCGAGAUCAGACCUAAAGGAAAAAGCAAUAAAUCUAUUGUGUUAACAAUCACCGUUACUAUAUCUCUUGGAGGUGUCAUGGUACUUCUUUCUCUCAUUUGUUGCGUUCUUCAAAGAAAAGGAAAGAAGAUGUUUGAAGUCAUCAAAGGAAAAACUGGUGCAAAGGAACUUACCACUGUGGAGUCGUUGCAAUUUGACUUGGCUACAAUACAAGCUGCGACAAAUUAUUUCUCUCAAGAAAAUAAGUUGGGGGAAGGUGGAUUUGGUGAAGUUUUCCAGGGUAGACUUUGUAAUGGACAACAAGUUGCGGUGAAGAGGCUAUCUCAAAGGUCAAAACAAGGUGAUGGAGAGUUUAAGAAUGAAAUUCUAUUAGUUGCAAAGCUCCAACACGUAAACCUUGUACGAUUGCUUGGAUUUUGCUUGGAGGGAGCGGAAAAGCUACUAGUCUACGAGUUUGUGCCAAAUAAAAGCCUUGAUUACUUCUUAUUUGAUCCCGAAAAAAGAAGACAAUUGGAUUGGCCAUUACGUUAUAAAAUAGUAUUCGGGAUUGCUCGAGGAAUGCUUUAUCUACAUGAAGAUUCUCGUCUCCGAAUUAUCCAUCGUGACCUAAAAUGUGGCAAUAUCUUGUUAGACAGUGAAAUGAACCCAAAAAUUGCAGAUUUUGGCAUGGCAAGGAUUUUCGAGGUCGAUCAAACUCAGGCUAGCACAAAUAAAAUCGUGGGGACUUUUGGUUACAUGUCUCCAGAAUAUGCAAUGCAUGGAGAGUUCUCGGUGAAAUCGGAUGUUUAUAGUUUCGGCAUACUACUUCUAGAGAUCAUUUGUGGCAAGAAGAAUAACUUAUACCAGGAUGAAUAUCUUGCUGGUUAUGCAUGGAAUCAAUGGAGAGACGGCACACCUUUGAAAGUGUUGGACCCAGCUAUUGUGGAUUCAAAUUCAAGAGAUCAAGUGCUUCGAUGCCUACAUAUUUGCUUGCUAUGCAUUCAAGAAGAUCCAGCUGUUAGACCCACCAUGACAACCAUAGUUCUCUUGCUCAGCAGCAAUUCCAUUACACCACCAUCGCCCCAACAUCCAGCCUUUUUUGUCCAAAUGAAAGGGCCUGAAUCAGACCAAUCCACCAAGAGGAUUAUGCCUUUGUCGAUCAAUGACAUGUCGCUUACUCAAUUAUACCCCCGGUGAAUGGCGGCAUAAGCGACAUCUUUCUUCAUGGAUGGGCUUGUGGUAAAUUAAAUAUCAUUUCUUUACACCACUAAUGUACACAUUAAAAUCUAUUCACCAAAUUCCAUCGCCACAAACUCCUAGCGAUCCAGUCAUGAAAAUUAGUCCAAAAUACUAUUAUCGAGUAUGGAAAUUUCUAGAUGUCACAUAGCCACCGGCAAGAUAGGUGAAGACCUUACCAAAUGAAGAGUUUGGUCCCCUUGCCACGAGAUGUUAUCUUGACCAUGGUCAAUAUCUAAGCACAAGAUUGGCCAACGAAAUGGACCAUUGGCUUGUGAUUUUGAUGACAUUGAUCAAUGGAUAAGACUAUUGAUAUUUGUUUUGAUAUUAUUGUGAAAUGGAUAUUUCUGCUAUAAAUAUAGCUAUGUUGAAGCGUA